UAAAAAACCGCUUCAGCAUUUUUAUCAAACCGGAAGUUGUUUUCUCUCAAGACAUCGAUUAUCACAUGAUAAUUUACAAAUCCAAUAUUUCAUUGCAAAAUGGCUGGUGGUUUAGACAGAGCUAAGAGUAGUCUACCAAAGAUUAAAGAUGAAGAAAGAGAAUCUAUGUUUGGCAAUGUGUUUGCUGUUUCUGGACCAGUUGUUGUGGCACAGAACAUGGCAGGAGCUGCUAUGUACGAGUUGGUUCGAGUCGGACAUUCAGAACUAGUAGGGGAGAUCAUUCGAUUGGAGGGUGACAUGGCAACCAUCCAGGUUUAUGAAGACACCUCUGGUGUAACUGUUGGAGAUCCCGUAUUACGAACAGGAAAACCUCUAUCUGUAGAAUUAGGUCCAGGAAUUAUGGGUAGUAUUUUUGAUGGUAUUCAGAGACCUCUUGCAGACAUUUGUGAUAUCACACAGAGUAUUUAUAUACCUAAAGGUAUCAACACACCAGCUUUGGACAGAAGUAAGAAAUGGGAGUUUGAACCUCAAGGCAAUAUCAGAAUUGGUAGUCAUAUAACUGGAGGUGAUAUUUAUGGAGUUGUAUAUGAAAAUAUUCUAGUCAAACACAAAAUCAUGUUACCACCACGAGCCAAGGGCAAGGUCACAUGGAUAGCUGAACCAGGUUGUUAUGAUGUUAAUGAUGUUAUAUUAGAAACAGAAUUUGAUGGUGAAAAAUCUAAAUUUACCAUGUUACAAGUAUGGCCUGUACGUACAGUUCGUCCAGUCACCGAGAAAUUAGCUGGUAAUUACCCACUGCUCACAGGACAGAGAGUGUUAGAUGCUCUUUUCCCAUGUGUACAGGGUGGAACAACAGCUAUCCCAGGUGCUUUUGGAUGUGGUAAAACUGUAAUCUCACAAUCUUUGUCUAAAUAUAGUAACAGUGAUGUCAUUGUCUACGUAGGAUGUGGAGAAAGAGGAAAUGAAAUGUCUGAAGUAUUGAGAGACUUCCCUGAGUUGACUAUGGAAGUUGAUGGAAAACCAGAAAGUAUUAUGAAGAGAACAGCUUUGGUUGCCAAUACAUCAAACAUGCCUGUAGCUGCUAGAGAGGCUUCUAUUUAUACUGGUAUUACAUUAUCUGAGUACUUCAGAGAUAUGGGUUACAAUGUAUCUAUGAUGGCUGAUUCUACGUCCAGAUGGGCUGAAGCUUUGAGAGAAAUUUCUGGACGUUUGGCUGAAAUGCCUGCUGAUUCUGGUUACCCAGCAUACCUAGCUGCUAGAUUGGCUUCCUUUUAUGAGAGAGCUGGUCGUGUCAAAUGUCUGGGUAAUCCAUCUAGGGAGGGAAGUGUCAGUAUUGUAGGAGCUGUGUCUCCACCUGGUGGUGAUUUCUCAGAUCCUGUAACAUCAGCUACCUUGAGUAUCGUACAGGUGUUUUGGGGAUUGGAUAAGAAACUUGCUCAACGUAAACAUUUCCCAUCUAUUAAUUGGUUGAUUAGUCAUAGUAAAUACACAAGAGCACUAGAUGAGUUCUAUGAUAAAAAUUUCAAUGACUUUGUGCCACUUAGAAAGAAGUGUAAAGAAAUUCUACAAGAAGAGGAAGAAUUGUCAGAAAUUGUACAGUUAGUAGGAAAGGCAUCUUUAGCUGAAGGAGAUAAAAUCACACUAGAAGUUGCCAAACUAAUUAAAGAUGACUUUUUACAACAAAAUGGUUAUACACCUUAUGAUAGAUUUUGUCCAUUUUACAAGACUGUUGGUAUGUUGAAGAAUAUUAUAGGAUUUUACGACAUGGCUAAACAUUCAAUAGAGAGCACAGCACAAAGUGAAAACAAAGUAACAUGGGCAAUUAUUAGAGACCAGAUGAAUGAUUUAUUGUAUAAACUUAGCAGUAUGAAAUUUAAGGAUCCAGUUAAAGAUGGAGAGAAGAAAAUAAAAGCAGAUUAUGAAGAAUUACAUGAAGAACUUCAACAAGCAUUCCGAAAUUUAGAAGAUUAGAAUAUAAUUCAAACUUAAUUCUGUUGACCAUGACGAUUGUUAUACUAAUAAUUAUUGUUUAGACUGCUAGUACGUAUAUAACACAUCUAAUGAUCCAAGCAGGUUCUUGUUGACAAUAUUAUUCAGAAUUUGUGUAACUUAGAGUAGAUGUGCUAAGAAAAAUUCAGAUAAAAGCAAAUUAUGUAAAAAUGUCAGGCAUUUUUGCUGCAAUGUUAAUGUAUUGAGUCCAGGAUUCUGAUUAAAAAAAAAUCAUUUACUCCAUUUUGCCAUUUCUGUUUUCAAACAAUAUUUUUAUUUAUUUAUUCACUGGUUAAUAAUACCCUAUCUUUGUAAUUAAGAUAUCAAUAAAGAAUUGAGUGAGAAGAUUUAUUAUUCUUAAGCUUUUUUUCAUAUAGUGCUAAAAAUAACAUCGUGAUUCAGGGAGACUUUGAGUAAAGAGAAACAUUUAAUAUAUAAACAUUCCAUUUCAUAAUAUGUAAAAUAAAGGUGGUUGAUGUAAACACUGAUCUGUACAAUGA